GGGGGCGGCUCAGGGCUCAGCCAGUGAGAGGCGGGGGGUGUGGUGGAGGGAAGGCUCAGGCCGGGUACUUAGAGCUGCGCUAGCAGCCGGACCCGACCCGACCCGACCCGACCCGCAUCCCUCGCGCCGACGCUCAAGGCCCGCCGCAGCCGGGCGUUGUGGGUGCCAGAGCGGCUACCCGGUUGUAUCAUGGUGACCCCUUGUCCUGCCAGCCCGGCCAGCCCCGCUGCGGGAGCCGGGGGGCGGGACAGCCAUCAGAACCUCCGCGCCCCAGUGAAGAAGAGCAGACGCCCGCGCCUCCGGAGGAAGGAGCCGCUGCGGCCGCUGAACUCGUGUUCGCUCCCGGGAGAUUCCGGCGUCUGUGACCUUUUCGAGUCCCCCAGCUCUAGCUCGGAUGGCGCGGACAGCCCUGCGGCGUCUGCGGCGCGGGACUGCAGCUCUUUACUCGGUCCUGCUCCGCCCUUGACCGCGCUAGAUCUCCAGACCUUCCGAGACUACGGCCAGAGCUGCUACGAUUUCCGCAAGGCGCAGGAGAGCCUUUUCCAUCCGCGGGAGUCGCUGGCGCGACAGCCACAAGUGACAGCAGAAUCUCGCUGUAAACUGCUCAGCUGGCUCUUACCAGUCCACCGCCAGUUCGGCCUCUCAUUCGAGUCCCUGUGCCUGACGGUGAACACUCUGGACCGCUUCCUCCUUACCACCCCGGUAGCCGCAGACUGCUUCCAGCUGCUCGGGGUCACCUGUCUGCUCAUCGCUUGCAAGCAGGUAGAGGUGCACCCGCCUCGAGUGAAACAGCUCCUGGCCCUGUGCGGUGGCGCUUUCUCCCGACAGCAGCUGUGCAACCUAGAGUGCAUCGUGUUACACAAACUGCACUUCAGUUUGGGCGCACCCACCAUCAACUUCUUCCUGGAGCACUUUACUCACGCUCGAGUGGAGGCCGGGCAGGCUGAGGUCAUUGGAGCCUUAGAAGCUCAAACCCUGGCUCGGGGAGUGGCGGAGCUGAGCCUGGCCGAUUACGCUUUCACCAACUACACACCUUCCCUACUGGCCAUCUGCUGCCUGGCACUGGCUGACCGCAUGCUGCAGCUCCCUCAUUCGCUAGACCUUCGCCUGGGAGAGCACCCCGAGGCUGCAUUGCAAGACUGCCUGGGCAAGCUGCAGCUGCUCGUGUCCAUCAACAGUUCCUCUCUGACGCACAUGCUGCCUCCCCAGAUCUGGGAGAAGUGCAGCCUGCCCCAGAGUUGGAAAUAAAAAGCAUACCCUUAGUUUCUUUUAUUCCCUGACCCUGGCUCUGUGCCUUCAGGAGAGUGUGCAGUAUUAAUCCAAAGAGAAGCUCAGGACUCCUGCUUGUAAAUAGUGCACAAUAACGGAAUCUAUUUAUUUUGCAGUACACAAAGGGCAGGUGACAGUCCUGGCUUGUCAGGAUGCUGCUGUUGUCUGCUCUGUCCUUCAGGGGAUGUCGGGCAGGGGUUGUUGAUUUCAGAGUCUGUCCUUGGCUCCCAACAUUUUGUUUUUACCCUGGAAUUAGCAACUCCGAGAAAACAAUCCAGCAAGAUUUUAUAUGCCACUGUUCCAGUAAUCAGACAAGCCAAGGUUGCUUGUCUGCAUCUUAACCCCCUCCAGUCUGGAGGCUGAACCCCCUUUCUCAUGCCAGUGGCUCAAGGAGUAUGAGACCGAGUUAGAAGUCAUUGUAGUCUGUGUUGUGCACAUGGGCAGUGCCUGCUACUCACUGAUCUGGGAAGCUUUGGGGACUGUGUAGGCACACUAGCAGUGGACAAAGCAAGAGACAAUCCCUGGUGCACCCCAAGAGAUGCUGGAAAGUUUUUGCAUACUCUUACAGCUGUUGCAACCUGGGCCAUUUGCCCUGCAGUUACAUUCAUGGUUCAGUUGACACUGCUGUAUGAGCCCAGGGUAACAAUGGCGUGAUAGUAAUAAAGAAUAUAUUGACUACUUGCAACGUA